ACAAAGCCCCAUUAAACUUUAAAGUUUGAGAUAGAAUCUCGUUUUAUUGAUGUGUAAUUAAAAGUACUUAACGGGAUAGGAUUUGUGGAGACAUCUGUUGGAGUUGUUUGACACGACAGUGAAGCUUGAAACGCGAAUUGAAAAAAUCUUGAGAGUUUCGGAAAGACAACAUUCACAUUUCAAGAAUGGCUGGUAAAUUUACCGAUCAAGAACUAUUAGAAUACUGGCAAGCAUUCAGCGUGUUUGAUGUUGACGGUGAUGGUACGAUAUCAACUGAAGAGUUAGGAAAUGUUAUGAAAUCACUAGGUCAAAAUCUGACACAAGAAGAAAUACAGACAAUGAUCAGAGAAAUCGAUACUGAUGGUAAUGGUACAGUUGAUUUCAAUGAAUUUCUCUCACUCAUUGUACCUACACAGAAAGAGAGUCCUCAAAACAACCUUCUUGAUGCUUUCCGUGCAUUUGACGUGAAUGGUGAUGGAUAUAUAAGCAGAGACGAACUGAAAGAAGGAUUACACAUUCUUGGCGAGAUGGUUACAGAUGUUGAACUUAAUGAAUUGAUAAACAAAAUUGAUAGUGAUAAUGAUGGGCAAAUUCGCUAUGCAGGUUUGACGAACACCUACUUUCUACAGCAAUAUGCGUAAAUUUAAUUGUCACGCAAACCACUAUGUUUCAAU